GGCACCCGGGGAGCCCCCGGCAGGUGAGCGCCCCGGCACUGCCUGCCGCAGCGGGCCGGGUCCCCGGACGGGGAGCUGCCCGCGGGCUCUCAGCCCGGUUCCCCCCGCGUAUCACGUAGCGCCGUGGAGGACGGACCGGAACGGGAAUUGCGAGCCCCGUCCCCGGUGCGCGGCGGCGGCGGCGCCGCCCGGCUCCGGCUCCGACCCGCGGUCCCCGCUCCGGGGGCCGCCCCCGCGGGGCUCCGCUCGCCGGCGCGGAAAGGCGCGGAGCCGGCGGGUGGUGCACAUGGGGCGGCCGGGAUGAGGGGGCGCGGCGGGGCGGGCCCGGCGCUGCCCGCCCCCCGCCCGGCCCGGGGGGCGCCCCCUCCUUGCCCGCCUCCCCGUCGCGGAGGGGCGCGCUCUUGCCGCGGCGCCGGCCUCUGCGCUCCUCUCCUAUUGUUGGUUUUUUGUUUUUUUUUUUUUUUAAUUGAAACUCUUACUUAGCAGAUUGCGCGUGAUGAGCUCAUGAUGCCGCGCCCCCCCGCCCCGGGCCCGGGCCGGCAGGGGGACGUGAGGCGGGCGAGGCGCGGGGGCUCCGCGCAGCGCUAGCGCUCCCCCGGCGCCCCGCAGCCGGGAGGAGGGGGCGCUCUCUCGGGCCAACGCUGCUUACCGGACUCGGGUUGUGGUUUUUAUUCCCUCUUGUUCCCCCCCCCCCCCCCCUCCCCUCCCCGGGCUGUGCGCUGAGCCGUUUGCCGCUCCGUGCGCAGGUGGACCCAUGAGCUCCCCCGGGAGCGGCUCCGCCGCCGCGCAGCGCCGCGCCGGGGCGGGGGGGGCGGCCGCCAGCUCCGGCCCCGCCGCCGCGGCGGGCGGCCCCGCCCGGGGACGGGGCGGGCGGUCGUGAGGCGGGCGGGCGGGCGAAGUUUCUCCGCGGCGCCGGGCCCCUCCGAGGGACAGCGGGGAGGGAAGGACCUGGUCCCGCUGUGCUGGGAGAAGCUGCUGCUGCCGCUACCGCCGCUGCCGCCACCAGCGCAGCCCGACUUUGGCCAUGAAGAGGAAACAGAAGAGGUUUCUGCAAAUGACGCUGCUCUUUACCGCGGCUCUGAUUUUCCUGCCCGACAUCGGCCUCUGGUCUCUCUAUAAGGAAAAGCACCUGGUGAAGCCCGCCGAGCCGCAGACACUUCCAUUGGGGCUGGGAGAUGGACAGCUCUUUACCUGGACUGACGGCUUGAAAAGGAAGGACUGGCAUGAUUAUGAAAGCAUUCAAAAAGAUGCUAUGCGUUCAGGGAAAGGUGAACAUGGAAAGCCGUACCCUCUUACAGAGGAAGACCAUGAUGAUUCUGCUUAUAGGGAAAAUGGCUUCAACAUAUUUGUCAGCAACAAUAUAGCGCUGGAGCGAUCCCUGCCAGACAUCCGACAUCCUAACUGUAAGCACAAGGUGUACUUGGAAAAGCUACCCAAUACUAGCAUAAUUAUCCCAUUUCAUAACGAAGGCUGGACUUCACUUUUGCGAACAAUACACAGUAUCAUCAACCGCACUCCAGACAGCCUGAUAGCAGAAAUCAUUCUUGUGGAUGACUUCAGUGACAGAGAACAUUUAAAAGAGAAGCUGGAGGAAUACAUGGUCCGUUUUGCCAAAGUGAGGAUUGUACGUACCAAGAAACGAGAAGGGCUGAUUCGGACCAGACUGCUAGGAGCCUCGCUGGCUAGAGGAGAAGUCUUGACAUUUCUGGAUUCUCAUUGCGAAGUCAACGUGAAUUGGCUGCCUCCCCUGCUUAACCAGAUUGCACUAAACCACAAAACCAUCGUGUGUCCUAUGAUCGAUGUCAUUGACCACAAUCACUUUGGCUACGAGGCACAGGCGGGGGAUGCCAUGCGAGGAGCUUUUGACUGGGAAAUGUACUACAAAAGAAUACCAAUUCCUCCAGAGCUCCAGAGAGCUGAUCCCAGCGACCCCUUUGAGUCUCCUGUAAUGGCUGGAGGUCUAUUUGCCGUUAACCGGAAAUGGUUUUGGGAGCUGGGAGGCUAUGAUCCAGGAUUAGAAAUAUGGGGAGGAGAGCAGUAUGAAAUCUCCUUUAAGGUGUGGAUGUGCGGAGGUGGCAUGUUUGACGUUCCAUGUUCUCGAGUUGGGCAUAUCUACAGGAAAUACGUCCCAUAUAAAGUUCCUUCUGGAACCAGCCUAGCACGGAACCUGAAGCGCGUGGCAGAGACAUGGAUGGAUGAGUUUGCAGAGUACAUUUACCAGCGACGGCCUGAGUACAGACAUCUCUCAACUGGUGAUAUCUCUGCCCAGAAGGAGCUUCGCAAGCACCUUAAAUGUAAAGAUUUCAAGUGGUUCAUGGCUGCAGUGGCUUGGGAUGUCCCCAAAUAUUACCCUCCUGUGGAGCCUCCACCUGCUGCCUGGGGGGAGAUUCGAAAUGUGGCAGCCAAUCUCUGUGUGGACAGUAAACAUGGAGCCACGGGGACUGAGCUGAGGCUAGACAUCUGUGUGAAGGAUGGUUCAGAACGGACGUGGUCACAUGAACAGCUCUUCACCUUUGGUUGGAGAGAAGACAUCCGCCCCGGGGAGCCACUUCACACCAGGAAGUUCUGCUUCGACGCCAUUUCGCACAGUAGCCCUGUCACACUGUAUGACUGUCACGGGAUGAAGGGAAACCAGCACUGGAGCUAUAGGAAGGACAAAACUUUAUUCCAUCCGGUAAGCAGCAGCUGCAUAGAUUGCAACCCAGCCGAGAAGAAGAUUUUCAUGAACAGAUGUGAUCCUUUAUCUGAAACUCAACAGUGGAUUUUUGAACAUAUUAAUGUGACUGUUUUAGAAAAAUUUAACAGCAAGGCCAGUUCCUAGAAAGAAGAAAAAAAAAAAAAAUGAACAUACCCAAUUACGUACAGACUGCAGACUACGUUUUCGCCAGCAUCUGGGUCAAAGGAGUCAGGAAUUAAAUUUCCUAGAUCCAGGAAAUCUGUUCUGAGGAUUAAGAAAAUGCCACAGCAAGAGCCAGCAGGCUGUCCUUGUGGAUGUACAGUAUCUGAAGAACUUGGCCAAGAGCCUCACCGGAUGCUGCUGAGAACUUCAGGCUGAAAAUUCCCUUGCUGGUCGAGGGAAAAAAAAUUGUUUAAAAGCUGUUUAAAAGUACUCCAAGUUAAUAAAGUAAAACAAAACUCUAGAGUUUCUCAGGUCAAAUCCUGCUGUAGUGAGUAGCUCAGAACAGACACUGUAAUUUGGGAUGGGUAUACGGUAUGCAUGACAGCUACAGGAACCUGAAGAAAUCCCAGGUUUUAGAACUAAACAUGCUGGUAGAAGAAUAAUGACGUCCCAGCACUCCCUAGACAAGAUAUAUGCUCUGUUGACAUUCUCUUAAUAAAAGGUUGGGUUAAGCAGGUUUAACCCUCAGAACUGCUGCAAUUAAUUUUAAAUACCUCCCUUUUACAUUCCAUUCAUUACCAAAAUAGGAAUGGUAGAAAUCUUAGGGUCUAGAAUUACACUGUAGCGAAGCAUGAAAUAAACUGUAAGGUUUUGCCCUCACAUUUCCCCCCUUCAGGAAAAAAAAAGUAAAGCAAUCAAAUUUCUAUACAUGAUAUAUUUAGCAAUUACAAUUCAAAUCCCAUUGUCACACAAGGUGAGAUUUUUUUUUUUCAGUGACAAAUAUAACAGCAGCAGCUGCAGCAUAAUGGAAGGCUUGUGGACUAGCUAUCUUUUCUAAAGGUAAAAUCCUUACCAAAGUAGAAAUUAAAUUGAAAAUAGGCUGGGGAAAAAAAAAAAAACAUCAGGAGGGUAGGAAACAAUUGCAUACUGCAUGCUGAACUAAAUUAGUCAAAUUAACAUUGGUACGCUGCCAUCACCUAAAAGCGUGUUGACUCCCUGCAGCGCAGCUUAAAAGAUCUUGCAGAGAUCUUGCAGUGCUCUUGAUGGAUAGGAGUGGAGAGAAAAAUUGACAUGAAACUAGUUGGGUGGUUUCAGAGUUUUUGAAAUCCAUGAUGGAAAUGGCAUGAACUUUACAGAGUCAGCAAGUGAAUGGUGUUGUAGAUCUCACGACGGAGGAAACAAGAGGUGCGAACAAGUUAAAUGUUACAAUAUUUUGGUACUUCAGGCACAGGCGCAAUUCAGGGUAAGACACACUUCUGUCACACUGGUGAUCAUUAUGGCCCAUGGUGUCCCUCAGACCCAUCAAGCUGUUGUCAUGAGAGGCCUCUAAAACUUGCUGGGUGGGGGCUGUGAUUCUUCUCAGCAGAAAUCAGUUAAUACUGAUGUGUGGAACAUAAUUGAUAGGUUUGGGAUUUUUCAAGGUAGGAGCAAGUAUAAAUUUAUAUAAAGUAUGUGACCUGCUUUUACUUGAAAGGUGAAUUUACAGAUGAAAGCACCAUAAAUGCAGAUAGAUCACAUCCUCUAAGAAGUGGCUGUAAGUGCUUUCAGGUUCCAAAAAUAUCGUACGUAAUUAAGUUGCUUGUUCUGAUUGCUGGAGAGGUGGCUGACUAACCAAAAUACUGAUGUGCAAUCUACCUUGUUUUGAGGGAGCAGGGUGACUGUUUUGUUUAUUGCUCCUUAAGCUGUGUUUAUGCACAAAGAGCUUUGAUUGCAUCCAGAGGAUGGUUCUAGUACCAAUAACUGUGUGUGAUUUUAUGGCAGCACCAUGUAGCUGUAGAUUAAGACCCAAAAUUGUAGGUCAUAGGAACUUUUUAGGAGGGGAAUGAGAUCCUGUAGUAUCCAGGAUGCGUGCACUUGGAAAACGGUGAAAUGCACCCAUAUAUUGAGCAAUUGCUGCAAGUUAGUGAAGAGAUCUUUCAAAUAAUCUGAAAGAAUUGUGUCGGUGCAGUUAGACUUCUCAUUUUAUGAUUUUAAAAUACGUGAGCUUGUUUAGGUAUUGUUUAAAUAAAUUUGAAGAUAUGGUGAACUCAGGAUUGGGAGCAGUAAGGCUACUGUAUGAGGAUACUUCAGAUUUGUUUAGCUAUCAGUACACAGAACCAGACUAGACAUUGCAGGCUGUCAGCCUUCCCAGGUGCAGUGCUCGCAGCACCAUUUAUUUGCAGCCUGAACAUGAGGAAAGAGUGUUUGGAAAAAGAAGAAAGUGGCUGCCUAAAAUGUAAAUGCAGCCCUCAAGCUGCUGAUUCUAACUGGCCCCAAACUGUCCAAGUCCUGGAAGCAACACCGUAUGCCCAAAAUAGAGAGGCAAAGGAGAAUUGCUAAACCAGCUAAGCAAUUUAUAUUAUGCACAGAUUGGUAUGGUUAUAUCAUUCAGUGUCUGACUGCAUCUCAGUGAUCUGAUUUUGGAAUGUCUAAAGGGAAGCAGACUGCUGUUGGGGCAAAGAACUUCUAUGCCUUUUAUAUCCUUCGUUGAGUAAAAUUGCACAGCAUCUUGCACUGCCAAAGGAAACCCUCCCCUUACUCGUAACUGGACACUAAUUGUAAGCUCUAGCAGUCCUUGUCAGAAAACAAUCCAGAUAACUAAUAUUCAGAUACUGUGGAGAAAAAAUAUGAUCUACGUAAUGCUUUCAGGUUUUAUAAGCAAAAUAUAUGAAAAAGAGUUUGUGGUGGGUCAACGGUGAGCAACUGUUGAUCAAUCUGGAAAUAUAAAGGUUAAAUGAAAGUGCAUAUCUUGAGGAAAUUUUAAUAAGAACUUGCCACAGUGCAGCAUAGAAACACGUGUGUGCACACACACAUGUGUGUAUAUAUAUACAUAUGUAUAUGUGUCCAGUGGAAAGAUGUAGAUGGAGGGGAGAGGUUUGUUUUCACUUCAUAUGCUGAUCUUUCAAAUAUUUAGUAUAACCAGAACUGCACAGAAAAAAAAUGGUAGGACACAUUAGACUAAUGGUGAGGAGAGUUAUCUCACUGUUUUCAGCUUAAGCAAAUUUCUCUUUUUUAAAAACUGAGACAAAAAAAAAGCUGGCAUGAAGCCUCACCACAGACAACUGUAAUCCUCCUACUAUGGGUAUAAGGUGGCCCUAGGGACAGAGUGCUUCAGAGCUGCUCCCUGUAACAUUUGGGAUGAUGGAUUUGCAAAAUGGUUAUGACUUGCAAAGCACAGGACUUCUUCAACAGAAGGUAUUAUUAAUAAUAAAUGAUCAUCCCUACCUCUAAAUUAAAUUGUGUCUUGGGUGUUCUCCAAAGCUUUCCACUGAUGGCAGUAUUCCAUGACUAAUUUAACAUUCAGAAUUUCUUUAAGUUUUCCUACAACCAUAUCUUUUCCACCCAACAAACAUCUGAACCCACGUGAUAGGUGGACAGAUCUAUCAUCCACUCAUAUUUUACCAGGACCAUUUAGCUUUAAUAUGCAUUUCUUUAAAAGAUUAUGAAGUUUCUUCACAGAUUUUUUUUUUUAAAUACCAGAUAGUUCUGUAUAUAUUUUGAACCUAGGGCACAGGUAGCAUUAACUGCUGUGGGCUCAUUAUUUCAGUGGCGCUAUACUAAUCUGCCCCAACUGAUGACUUGCUUCAGGUUUUUUCAAUUAAUUACUUUAUGGCUGAAAGGGCUUUAAUCAACAUGCCUGAAAAGAAGAUCUUUGUAUCUUAAGAGUUCAUCAGCACCUACUGUUUCCAUUUAUGAUUAUUUGACUCUUUUUUGUGACCAUCAAACUACUACUAAAGGAGGAACAACUGGAAAACUAGAGUAAACACCAAGUGCAACUAAAACUCUAAAAUCACAUGUGUUUCCCUGCAUAUAUUCCAGAAUCUAAACUAAACAGAGGCCUCGGGGGAGAAGGCUUCAAGGAGAGAGGAGGAACUGGGAAAUGAAGCAUUUCACAUGUUGGAGAGCAGGCUUGUUGCAGAGGCAUGACAAGACUUCACUUUUCAUUGGGCAGAAAAAUGAGAUUGCUUUAGAACAAAUGUUUCUGCAACAUUAUGGAUAUUUUAAUGAUACAGUGCAUACUUCCUGGGUGUUCCCGGUUUACGAAUAAAUGGUCUGUAGCUACUGAACUAGGUCUUCCUCAUGAUAGACUAAGCUUGAAAGGAAGCUGACAAGCACUUAACAACCUUUGAUUAAUGGCAAUUUACCAGGCAUCAAUGUCUUCAAGACCUCAGUGAAAUUGGAUGCCACAGAAGAUCAUAGAGGAAAUGUAUAUAAAUAGCUUAACCAAAUUGAUUUGAUGGGUUGUGCCUCUGUAAGAGUGGAGUCACCUUUGUUUAAAAAAAAAAAAAAGUAUUCAUAAUCAGAAUUCAUUUGAAUUUUUACUGGUAACUUCUGCAAGGGACUGAGUGGGACCCUUUAACCUACCCAGACAGAGUGGGGAUGGAGCAUUUUAGGAAGGUAGUAUUGGGAGGCUUUCAAUGUGGCUGCCACCAGGGUGAAUUCAUUUUGUGUUUAAAGAGCAUCAAUCUUUAAUGCUGUUAGACGAGUAUAUUUCAAGAGAACACAUGAUGUACAUUAAAAAAAAUAUAUAAUAGAUUAACUUUUGGUUUUAAUCCAUCAAGGUUAGUAGGGAAAACAUUUCAAAAGGCCUGAAAACAAAAAAGCUAAUCAGAAGUGGCUUUUAUUAUAGCUGGUAUUAGUAUUAUAAAGUUCAUUAAUUCAUUUGUUUAAGCCCCUUCCAAAUCUGUUCAAUAUAUCCUCUUAGAAAGAGCACAAGGGUCCAAGAGUGCUUUUAUAUAACAUUUUGUGAAUCUUGCCCUGUUUGAAAUAAAGUUUUGAAAGACCUUUUAAAAAUUAGCACGUAUAAGCCAAAAGGUAACAAAAAACCCAAGGGAAAAUACUUGGCUAUUGUGUCUAGUGUAUCAAGAGAUUUUGCUAAACUUCUUGUCCUAAAAUAGUAUCAAUUUACUGAAAAAUUUUAGAUUAUUACCUAAUAUAGUUUAGUAAAUUGUUAGUGUAUAGUGCUUUCUAUUUAAGAAUUUUACUCUUAAAAUCAAAUUUUAGUGAAUCUUUAUAGUUAGUUGCUGCCAAAGGUUUUUUUUAACAAUGUGUAAUACAAAAAAUCUGCCCUGAGAUAUCCUGUAAACUCAUAUUUCAUAGAAUCAUAGAAUGGUUUGAGUUGGAAGGGAUAUUUGAAGGUUAUCUAGUCCAACACCACCACCCACCCAACACACAGGUUGCUCAGAGGCCUGGACAACCUGACCUUGAAUGUUUCCAGGGAUGGGACAUUGACCACCUCUCUGGGCAACCUGUUCCAGCGUUUCACCACCCGCAUUGUAAAAAAUUUCUGCCCUCUAUCCAGUCUAAAUCACCCUCCUGUAGUUUAAAACCAUUACUCCUUGUCCUAUCACAACAGGCCCUGCUAAAAACUUUGUCCCCGUCUUUCUUGUAAGCCCCCUUUAAGUAGUACUGAAAGGCUGCAAUAAGGUCUCCCCGCAGCCUUCUCUUCUCCAGGAUGAAUAACCCCAACCCUCUCAGCCCUUCUUCAUAGGAGAGGUGUUCCAUCACUCUAAUCACUUUUGUGGCCCUCCUCCAGACGGUCUCCAACAGGUCCAUGUCUUUCCUGUGCUGAGGGCUCCAGAGAUGGAUGCAGUACUCCAGGUGGGGUCUCACCAGAGUGCAGUGGAGGGGCAGAAUCACCUCCCUUGACCUGCUGGCCACGCUUCUUUUGAUGCAGCCCUGGAUACGGUUGGCCUGCUGGGCUGCAAGUGCACAUUGUCAGCUCACGUCCAGGUUUUCAUCCCCCAGUACCCCCAAGUCCUUCUCCACAGAGCUGCUCUCAAUCCCUUCGUCCCCCAGCCUGUAUUGAUUCCAGGGGUUGCCCCAACCCAGGUGCAUGACCCUGCACUUGGCCUUGUUGAACCUCGUGAGGUUCACGUGGGCCCACUUUUCAAGCUUGUCCUGGUCCCUCUGGAUGGCAUCCCAUCCUUCAGGCACGUCAACUGCACCGCUCAGCUUGGUGGUGCGGGCAAACUUGCUGAGGGUGCUGCACUUGAUCCCACUGUCUAGGUCACUGAUAAAGAUAUUAAAAGUACCGGUCCCAAUACAGACCCCCUGGAGGACACCACUUGUCACCAAUCAACACAUUGAGCCGUUGACCACUACCCUCUGCAUGCGACCAUCCAACCAAUUCCUCAUCCAACAAACAGUCCAUCCAUCAAAUCCAUAUCCCUCCAAUUUAGAGAGACAGAUGUUGUGGUGGACCGCGUCAAAGGCCUUACAGAAGCCCAGAUAGAUGGCACCCGUAGCUCUUCCCUUGUCCACUGAUGUACUCACUCCAUCACAGAAGACCAUUAAGUUGGUCAGGCAGGACUUGCCUGUGGUGAAGCCAUGCUGGCUGUCUUGAAUCACCUCCCUGUCCUUAGAACCAUAGAAUCAUUAAGAUUGGAAAAGACCUCUAGGACCAUCAAGUCCAACUGUCAGUCCAACACCACCAUGCCUCCUAAACCAUGCCCUGAAGUGCCACAUCUACACAUCUUUUAAAUACCUCCAGGGUUGGUGACUCCACCACCUCUCUGAGCAGCCUGUUCCAAUGCCUGACCACUCUUUCAGUGAAGAAAUUUUUCCUAAUAUCCAAUCUAAACCUCCCCUGACGCAGCUUGACGCCAUUUCCUCUCGUUCUAUCUCUAGUAACUUGGGAGAAAGACCAACACCCACCUCACUACAACCGCCUUUCAGGUAGUUGUAGAGAGUGAUAAGGUUCCCCCUCAGCCUCCUCUUCUCCAGGCUAAAUAACUCCAGGUCCCUACAUAUGUUAUCUUCUGUUGUUAUAAUUCGGAAUGCACUGGACUGAAGAAAAUCCAAUCAGAGGGAAAAAGACCCUUUAAAAACUAUCUAAGAAACCUAUGUAAAAACAAGCAAGCAAUGAAAAAGUUUAUCUAGAGAUGAUCAGAAAAAUGCAUCAUGUUUCCAAAGCUUCAGCAGCAUUCAGAAAAUAUAUUUGCUCUGUGUGGUGGCUUUCUAUUCUUUCAAUAUAUCAUUAGUAUCAGUGGUACUACUCCCGAGGCAGGACUUCUGAAAAUGAUGUGCUAUCAUUUGGCACAGUAGAUGGACAGCAUGGUGCCGGAGGAAAUAAAAAAAUCACUUUCUACGAACAAUUCCUGAAAAAAAUUGCAUUCAAACAUUCCAGUCUGGUAUGCCUUAAGAGUCUCAGUUAUUUAUAAGAUUCACAUUAUCUUAGUAUUUUUGUCUCUUUUAUGGGACCUGGUAGUGCAAUAGGUGGUUCAAUGGCCCUUAUGUAAACAAUGCCGACAACAGGGGAACAAAGACAUGGGUUAAAACAGAAUUUGUGGUUACCUAAAGGUGUCAUGUCCACAGUACUGUCAAGCAGGUCAAUUACACACAAAGAGAAGUUUGCUUCUUUUGUGUGGCCACUGUGGUAGAUGCCCAGCUUCACAGAAUAUAUGAAGCAGAAGGAGCCUUGCAAUGCCAUUCAGCAGGAAAGCUCGUACCCAGCAGAAGAUGUAGAAAAAGUCACAAUGAUCCAUUUCAGAAAAGCAGAUGAAUAGGGUUUUGAGGCAGAUAUCACGGGCAGUGUAAGGGAUGUGAGGGGAGAUGCAAUGAGGCAAGUCUGGUAAGUGGUACUAUCUAAAAGACAUUAAGACAUAGGAAAGGAAAACUUGGUCCUCGUUAACCUUAGCCUUUAUUAACCUUGGCACUAUCCCUUACACUUUGUCAAAGGUUUAGUUGAUUUACUUAAAUGAAUCCUUCACCUCUCCCACUAAAUGACUCAAGCUGGAAGGAAUCACAGCCCAAGCAAAUUUCUGUUGAUCAGCUUGGAGCAUCUAAUUGUCACAAAACACCACUACUAGGCACAGUUUUGUCAAAAACCCCAACUGGCACCAGAACUAAAUAUUAGCAGCGUGAAAGAUCUGUAGGCCUCUCGAAUCCCUCUGUGAAAAAAGGUUUCAUUUGCCUAAAGGAGUGAUUGAUGGUAAUGAUCCUAGUUUAAGAAGAUCAGGAAUCAUGAGCUUGCUCAGAGGUGAAAGGUCAAAUGGUGAGCUUAGGAGUUGGCAGUUUAAUUGAGAAAGGAAGGAGGAAGUAGGUGGUAAAAGGGAAGACGUAGGAGUUGGGUUUAUUUCUGGAUAUGAAGGCAGCAUGACCUAAAAAAGUCAGCCAUUGAUAAUUUUGGAUACCUCUUCAAACCAGGGUUUGCAUGUUUAUUUCCAUCACAAAUACUCAGGAAUUGAGAUGCAAUCAGUUCCACCUCCUCCUGCAAAGGACUUAAAUUUAGAAUAAAGAGAACUGCAUAAUCUGAAAUGUAUUGAUCAUGAAAUACUGAGUGCAACUAGAGCAAAGCUUUGCUGGACACCAAGCCAGUGCUGAGUUUUCCACCAAAGGUAUGUAUGUGUGUUCCUGAGGAUAUUUUGUUGAUAGUGUGUAGAAGCAGAAUCUUACGGUCACCAUUUUACCGCAGAUUAAUAGUUCUCUGCAUCUUAGGCUUUUGUGAAAGAGGAAAAGUGUGUAGCUAGAUUUUCUGGGAAGUCUCAACCCAGAUCAGUACAAAAUAUCUCUGCCUACUCCCUAUGUGGAUCAAGACAACACGUGUUUCUCUUCAGACAUCACAUACAGCUCUUAAAAAAAGAACAGCAUGGCUCUGCCUUUAUAGACUUAUUGCAGCAUUCACCUCUUUCUAUCCAGUUCAGUUAUUUUCUUCAUUCUUUUUCCUUUUCAGUGUUUCUUUCCUUCUGCUGGCUCCCCAUAUGCAGGAUUCUGCCAGAAUGCUGCCCUCUUUCUUCCCUCCUUUCUGGUUUUUGCUAAGAGGUUUUUUUCUGCUUUUGCAGAUCCCUUAAGAUAAGAGUGACUAAAGCUGCUUUGAUCUUGACUUGGCAGAGCCACAAGCCCUUCUGCCUCGGGUACUUCACUUGCUGCAGCUUGUGCUAGCAGAGGGGUGGGGAGGAGAAAGGCACCUGAGGAGAAGGGAGAAGUUCUGUCCUUAUGGGUCAGUCUUGCUACAGAUUUUGUCCAUAGAGGACUUAUAGCUCCUAGCACAGACAGACAAACAUCUUUGGGGGAGAAAAUUGCAUUGGUGAUCUACUUUCACACCCAUCUUCAAAAAUCAAUUCUACCCAGAGAGGGGACUAUGUAAGAACAGAAGCUUCUUAUUCGGUGGAUAUGCUGCUUACAGAUGUUUAGAAGCAGCUGAACUUAACCUUGGCAAACAGGUUUUAACUUGUGACUAUCCUUAUUGAGCUAAUGUAGAUAUAAGAAACUGAGUUAGAGUUAUAUUUAAAUGUUGUUAGUAUAAGCAACCAAGGGGUUAUAACAACUUUAACUGAAGGCAUUAUUUCCAUUCUGAAGUGGAUGUGUAACCUCCGAUGACUACUGAUGACGCUGAUGAUACAGGUUAACCUCUUGUCGAGCUGCAGAGGGGCUUUUUUUACAAAACCCCAAAAAGAGAGAGAUUGUCCAACAUGCAGCAGCUUUUGCUUUCAGCUGUACGGGCCUCCAGUUUAUCCCCCAGUAUGUCAGCAAAGUUAGUAUCUAUAAAAAGAUAUCCCCAUGAUUCUCAUUAUCAAAGCUGCAUUUGGAGAUAUGGCAGUAAAACAUUACCUUUUCUUUCCUAUUAGAAGCGAACCCUUUCAUUUAUUUCCCAUUUGUUUUUAUAUACCCCCAGAGUCAUUUAUUUGUAAUCAGAACACAUGGAUAGAGGAUGUAUCCUGUCCCUUCACUAAACAAGUCCCUAGGAAAUCAGAGUACCAGUGUGAAGUCUGUACAAAUGCACUAUUAAAAGGAUUGUUAGCCAAGGAAGAGGGAUUUCAUAUAGAAAAAAGAUAAGCUCCCCUAAAGUUUGUUUUCCUUUAUUCCUGUCAUAUCAGCCUCCAAAUUGCAGCUACUGCUCUAUAUCAAAAUAUAUCAUGGUAAUCUACACCUGGAAGGAUAAUGAUGCUUCAGCAGGGUUCUGCUGCCAGUUUUCCAAACAAGUCUGCACCGUGGCUCUAUAAGCCUGAUCUUUGGGGUUGGGAGUCUUUCUCCACAGUUGCUGUCCCUGCAAGGGACACAUUCCUUCUGACUUUGGCCUGACCUGCAGUUUUCCACCUCAAGCUUUGUUGGCUGAUGUAGCUUGGUAUUGACCAGCUCUUCAGAUGAUCUGGUCCAUUGUACAUGUCUUAUUGCUUCACAGCACUCCAGUCCACGUAAAUACACACAGGGUUUACUAAGCAUUAGGUGGCAAAAUAGAAAUUAUAGUCCCUUCUGAGCCUCUGAGAUGCUUCUGUUUAUCAACUAGCCUUUCUGAUGGUCAGAGUGUUUUCCAGGCAUCUCUGCAAAUAAACACCCUUUCCUGCAGGUAUCCUGCAAAAUAUCCAUUUCUCUCACUUUUCUGAGAGUCUGGAGUUACAGCCUUCACUCGCUGUUAAACAACAUUCAGGAUAAAACAUUCCCUGGUAAUUCAACUAUUAUGAACUAUUUUUAAAGGGCCGAGAAGAGCUGGAGACAACUUUGUGUAAUCCCUAUCCAGUGCGCUAGUAGGCAAGGCAGCCAGUGAUGAGCUUGGCUGAUAGGUGGCUAGUAGAGCUCAGUCAACAAGUGAGAUGGAGUUGUCUAAUUUUCUGGGAAUCAAGGUGAAAUUCUUUGGUUAUUGUAAUUUAGGAAAUAUAGCUCUCUGAAAAAAAAUGGGGAAAAUAUUUUCAGGUGUGUGCAUUUCAAGUAUUAUACAAUAAACUACAAUUACUAAUAUAUACAUUAUAAUAAGUAAAAGGAAAACAUACACUUCUGUGCUGACUAGUCUGAGAUAGUUGGCUUAGAUGUUAUUAAACAACAGCUGUAGAAAUUUUGACCAACUUACUGAUGCAUUAAAAUAAUGUUUUCAAGAUAUGCUUAAAGGAUUUGCAGAGAGCACAUGCCUGUAAAUUUCUAGACUGUAAUUAAGAAGCUGAACUAUGGAAUAAAAUUGUACACCUGUCCUAUUUUAUAUUGAAUGUAUUAUGUGACGGAAUACAAAGUAAAAGAUUGCUCAAGUCCAGUUUAAAAAAAAAUUACCAUUAUCUGAAUGAAUAAAUACCUCUCAGAA